AUCAUUUAAGUAAUCAAACCUGUCUGUAAAUUAUAAAUGCAAUUAGGAAAUUUAUUUUUUGUAAAGUUUUAUUAGAUAUUUGGUUGUUUUGCGCAAAUGAAUUCACAAGUCUCUAUCUAUAAGUUGUUUAACAAAACCAAAAAAAAACAAUUUAUUUUGGUUCUUUAUUUUGCAGUUUUAAACUUCCUGAUAUGCUUAUAAGUGUCUAUACUUACCCAUAUGUUAUAAUGACGAAACGCCUGUUUAUAUUGUCUUUGUUUUUGUUUUUUGUAAAAUGAAUUGUUCCAAGUCAAUAUAGGACAAAAUUCCCUAAUCAACAUCAGAACUAUUGGAUUUUAUCCAAUCAUCUUCUUCAAAUGGAUGUUGCCUUCGUGUGUGCUGUGCUAAAUGUAUUUGUCUGUUUAGGAAGAACUUACGAAAACGUUGCGCUAAAUAAACCGGCUUGGCAAUCUCAUCCGUAUAAUGGGAAGCCCUGGGGAGCAGAGCGAGCUGUGGAUGGACAUAAAUCUAACUUAUCAGAGGCAGGGGGUCAGUGUACAAUAUCAUGGGGUGAAAGGGAAGCAGAAUGGCGGGUAGACCUUGGAAGUGUAUACAGAAUUCAUCACAUCUUCAUACAACACAGAACAGACAAUGUGAAAUGGAAUAUGGUUAAUGGUUAUACUUCAAGAUUUCUGGGAUUUUCACUUUAUAUAUCGAAUACAACGAACAAAAACGAUGGAGUACUUUGCUAUAAGGACACACUUUACACAAAAGCAACAAUUCCAAAUCCAAUUAACAUUACAUGUGAAAAAUAUGUAAGCGGAAGAAUAGUAAUUUAUUACAACAAUAGAACAGAUUCCCCAUUUCCACACGGAUAUUCUACUCAAGCUUUCAACGAUCUUUGUGAGGUGGAAGUGUAUUCGUGUCCAUAUGGGUUCUUUGGAGAAGAAUGUUCUGAGAAAUGUCAUCCAACUUGUAAAAAUUGUAAUAUUUUUAAUGGCUUUUGUAAUUUUGGAUGUAAUCCGGGCUGGGAGGGAGACUUUUGUCACAAAGCUUGCAAUAACGGGUCUUAUGGUGUUGAUUGCGAAGAAACCUGUGGCAAUUGUCGGGACCUUAACCUUUGUUUACAUACUAACGGGACAUGUUUAAACGGAUGUGAUGCAGGUUUUCAGGGCGAUUUGUGCAAAACACCUUGUGAUAGAGGAUUGUACGGAUUAGGAUGCAGUGAAAACUGUGGCCGUUGCCGUGACCUAAACCACUGUUUUCACAUGACAGGGACGUGCUUGACGGGAUGUGAUCCUGGUUAUAAAGGAGAAAUGUGUAACAAAACUUGCCCACAAGGAUAUUUUGGAGAACACUGUGCAGAGAAAUGUAUCGACACAUGUAAUGGUUGUAAUAACGUCAAUGGUUUAUGUGACCACGGUUGUAUCUCGGGUUGGAAGGGAUAUUUCUGCGAGGAACGAAAUGUAUCAUCAAUAUCCUCAUUUGCUGACGAUUUGAAACCAUGGACAUUUAUUAUUGUCGGUCUUAUUGGUACAGUUUGCCUCUCGUUUAUCAUCAUUGGAACAUUAUCUACAUAUAUUGCGGUUACAAGGAGAAGGAAGCCAAAACAGAGCCAAACACUCGAUGUACAAGAACCCCAAUGUGACGACCGACCGAAGGUUUCUAAUAAUGACGUCACAAGAACUGAAUACCAAGAGCUAAGAGACCAUAAACCUCAAAUCUACGAGCGCUUGUCAUAACUUAUAUACAAUGUAUUACUAUAUUAAAGUGCUGUUGAAAUAUGUUAUAAUUUCAUUUUGAACAAUAUUGGUUUUUGGCUCAAUCAGCAGUCGGUUAAUAUUACAUUAAAUGAUACCAGUAUUGAUAAGAAUUUUUAUAUGUUUAUAUUGAAAUCAUUGAAAUUAAAAGUUUUAAUAGACAGCUUAACAGCAACAAUAAAUUGAAAGUCGCUUAGGUUUUGAUUUAUUACUGGAAAAUUAAGUUAUGUUUUAAGUACGUUAGAUAAUAUUUGUCAUAAUAAUAUCGCUUAAAUAGGUGUUCAGUUUCUGCCCAAUAUGUAGUCACUAAAAGUUUACUAACUAUAAUCUAGUUAUGACUUUAUCUUAGAAUUAUACACAUUUCUUUUAUUGUCAAUGUAAUCAA